GUUUCCAGUCGGACAUAUUUAGCGAAACACACAACUCGCUUCACGUGGGGAGGUUCAACACAUCUGAGCUGCUGGUGAAGAGAUUAAAAUGCCAAAGAAAAGCAAAGCAAAGACUGUAAAGAGACAGAGCAGCGACGAUGAGCAGCUCCCUCCCAAACAGAGCAAGCUAAAGCCCAGCGACCCUCCAUCCCCCCUGUGCUUCAACAGCCCGGUCAGCCUGUUCCAGAGCCUCAUCCAGCCCAUGGGGACGGAGCAGUUCUUCAGCGAGUACUGGGAGAAGAAGCCCCUCCACCUGCAGAGGUCUGAUCCCGACACUGCCUCCUACUACCGCUCUUUGUUCCAGCUGUCCGACCUGCCGAGCCUGUGCUCCGAGGAUCUGGAAUACUACAGGGACGUCAACGUCGUGCGCUGCAUCGACGGCAAGAAAAAAGUGCUCAACAAGCAGGGACGAGUUAAGAGCAGUGUCCUCAACAAGAGCUUCGUUCAGAACAAGGCCACCAUCCAGUUCCACCAGCCGCAGAGGUUCAAGGAUGAGCUGUGGAGGAUCCAGGAGAAGCUGGAGUGUUUCUUCGGAGCCUUGGUGGGCUCUAACGUCUACAUCACCCCACAGGAGUCCCAGGGCCUUCCGCCUCACUAUGACGAUGUCGAGGUAUUCAUCCUGCAGCUGGAGGGGCAGAAACGUUGGCUCCUCUACACUCCCACUGUUCCUUUGGCAGCAGAGUACAGCGUGGAGUCAGAGGAGAGGAUGGGCAGCCCGACCCAUGACAUCAUGCUGAAGGCAGGAGACCUUCUGUACUUUCCCAGAGGAACCAUCCAUCAGGCCAGCACCCCAGCAGGAGUGGACCACUCGACCCACUUGACUCUCAGCACUUACCAGAGAAUGUCAUGGGGAGAUUUGCUAUUGGACAUAUUUCCCAGCUUGCUGAGCGACCGCAGCAAGGCUGAAGUCAGCCUGAGAGAGGGCAUGCCCAGAGCACUCCUUCUGGGUAACAGUGAAGGCCCGGACAUCGGCAGGACGCUGGCCGCUGGCCUCAGAUCUCUGGCUGAUGAACUGGAAAACGAAACUCAGGAAGUCCGCUCCACUCACAUGAAGAGAGACUUCAUCAUGAACCGACUGCCACCGUACAGCCAGCAGGAGCUGCCAGAGCCAUCUGGGAAAAUUCCUGCCUUGGAGGAUAUGGUGUGUUUGAGGUUUAAGGACCAUAUGGUGAUGACAGUGGAGCCCAGCCAAGAGAAAACAGAUGAGGCCACAGAGCUGGUAGUCUUUGUCUUACACUGUCUGAAGAACCAGAGGGAGAGCCACAUGAUGGGUGAGAGUUGUGAUGAAGAGGAGGAGCAGGACAUCUCCAGGGGCCUGCAGUUCCCUCUGUCCCACCUCCAGGCCCUGCGGCAGCUCCAACAGACAGAGCAGCUGACCGUGGCCCAGCUCCAGCUGCCCACACAGGAGGCCAAACUCAGUCUGGUCCUGGCUCUCUGGAGUGAGAGCCUGCUGGUUGUGCUAUAGCACACCACUACGUCAAAAUAUCACUGAAGUGAUGUAUUAAAUAGACAUCUGUUGAUAUUUAUGAAUACGUUUGGAGUAUUGCUCUUUGUCUUACUGUGUUGUUUUUCCUUGCUCCCCUGAAUAAAGCUGCUACACCUCCAGCAGUGCAGAUGUAGCUUUUUGAAGAC